AAUUAAACAUACAGUUUUGCCAAUUCAUUCAAUAAUUUAUAAUCUGAAAACUGUGUUUCAAUGGAAAUUGACAAAAAUUGGAGUAUCCCUAAACAGCCGCCUAUUUAAAGGCAUGUCGAACUAUGUUAACUCUCACAAAAAAGUUUAUUUUUAGUAUAGGUCAUGUACAUUCAAUUUUUGAUUGGCACUUAACAUUUUCCGUUUUGUAAAUUUUUUGCAUUAUGCGAAAAGUGUGAAUGGCAUUUGCUAGUUUAAUAGCAAUUUUUAAAGGCGCGCAGUUAGCCAACACUGUUUAGAUGUCAACGUCGUGUAACUGUAAAAUUCUGCAUAUGGCGAAAGAGUAGCAUUUGUAGUUAAAUAUCGGAGUUCUCAAAAUGAGUGUUUUCCAAAAGUUAAAGGAAAACGCCAUUAGAAAUGGUCGUCGAAUCAACAUGAAGACUCGAACACCAGUUAAUCUAUUAAAAGCUAGCAACAGAAACCUCGGAAGCAGCAAAUUCAAGGAAUACGUUGGCGUAUGGAUUGGCGAUUUAACUCCCGUUCAUUUGUGCAAUGUGCUAGAUAAAUACGUGCAAGAGCACGAUGCAACAUCCAAAAUGAUAAAUGUCACUGGCUGGUUUACAGUGACUAUAUCCAAUUGCAUGGAAUUGCCAGAUAGCUCCAUUAUGCUGGCUUUGAAAUACGCCAUGAUGCCACUUAAAGUGCAGCUGUAUAAUUUCAAACGCAGCCACGACGGUGACUGUGGCCAAUUCCUUGUAGAUAAUGUCCUGAUGGCCAAUCGUUUGAAGCGACUCAGCGGCAAAGUCUCUGUGCUGUACAGUAGCCAAAUUAUCAAUAUAAUUGUGGAACAGGGUAUGCCUUCAGAUAUGUUAACGACGUCGCAAUUUACGCCCGAACUACUAGUCGCCAUUAGGACGGCGCUUUUUGCCUGUUAUGAAGCUGAUAGUGAGACUCUGAAUCUGUCUCGUUUUCAUGCCGUCGCUGAGCUCGAGGGUCACUUUUGUGCGCUGCAUGUCUUGCCAAUGCUGCAGCGAGUGCUGCUUAUGAUAUCCCAACAGUUUCCGCUGUUGCGGAUUCUUCAAUUACGCGACAAUUUUUUGUGUACACUGCGCGCCUUUAAUGGGUUUUCACGUGCUAAUAUGCCUGCGCUUCAAAUGCUGGAUACUUUGAAGAUUGCAGACAAUCCGCUAGCCAAAUACCAGCCGUGGCAGCUGAACGCAAUGUUGCCACAAGGGGUACACAUCUGUGGCUACAGCCAAAAACUUCAAUCUCAAGAAUUGAUAAGAGCGCCAUCCCCAUCAGCAGAAGGUGCUGGUGAAGGUUUCGCAUUUUGCGCUGGGUUCGCCAAGCUCUACUAUAACAUAUUUGAUGAGAUUAGCCGUCGUCCGGAACUAGACAUUUAUUAUGAUGCCAAGGCCCUGUUCUCGUUUUCCGCGGCUAGGGAGCUGACGCAGUCAUUGCAGUGCAACAGCUGUUAUAGACUGUUCAAUCGAAAUCACCUGCACUUGCGGUCAUCAUUUGCGCGCUGUGGCAAAUUACGUUUCGGCGUAAAGAAUGUGGUCCAAACAAUUUGCAAACUUCCCGAGAUGCAGACAAGCAUCGAGGAAGCGCGGCUGGAGGUACACAUUUACAACAAUACAUUGCGCGCCUUUACAUUAACCGGUAGCUGCAGUGAGCUGACAACCAACAACGACUGGCAAAGGCGUAUAUAUUCGCGAAGUUUUGUAAUGCGCCCAGAUGUGCCGCCAAGAUGGGUUAUUACCAACGAUAUGCUGAACAUCACAUUGGCUGCCAAACAAGAAGUCAGGUGCAAGCAGAUCUUGAUAGCUCCCCAGCCCAUAGCAGCUCCAUUAGCCAGCCAACAUAGGCGAGGACAUGACAAGUCCAGCAACAUUGAUGACCAAUUAGAAGAAAUUAGCAAUGGCAUGCCAAAACUGGCUAUCGAGCCCAAUAAAUCAUUUAAACCUAAAGCUGUGCUGCCGAGUUUUGAAGAUAUGCCGCAGUUGGCGACGCAGGCUUCCGUUGAUGCGAACGGUAAGCUAGAGCGGGAAGUCGAUGAUACGCUCUUGUGCUCCGACGAUGAAAUGUUGCUGUUCAUCAACGAGGAUGUGCUUUUGGAUAUCGGCGACUUUUAAAUCUUUGAUACAAAUGCAUAAUUUUCAAGAAUUACUACACUCACAUACACACCCAGCACAACCAUUUUUUUU